CGCAAAGAUAUGGUCUUCUUCUCUUGAUUCUCAUGAGCUGCGCAUGUUUUUCUUUAUGCCUUUCUGUUUGAAGCCCUGUAGUGUUCUUGACAGACAAGAUCAGAUCAAAAUCCGAGUGUAGUACGUGUACCAGUUCAUAGAAUAAUUUCCCGCAAUUUGCAUGUUGGCACUCGUACUGGCAGUCUCUGUCUCCGGUCCUCUGCCUCCAGAGAAGAAGAGGUCUAUAACAAGGGAGUCCUCCGGCCAUACCGGUGUGAAACUCCCAAGAAACAGCUGCUUGGAGAAUGGAGGGUCUCGGAGAAAAGCAUGAGUUGGGCUCAAUACUUAAGAUGAAGAUGAAUUGUUUCAUCAAGUUGAUCCUUCAGAAAGAACCCAUGCAAGAGCUGAAAAUCCCACCAAAGUUUGCGAGGCUUUUUUCUGAAGAACUCCCCCAUAGAGUGAUCUUAAAGGGCCCAUCUGGCGGAAAGUGGAAUGCCAAAUUACGCAAGGACAACGCUGGCCUGUAUAUACAUGAUGGAUGGCGAGAGUUUCACAUGGACAACUCCCUUGGAAAUAAGGAGUUCUUGCUAUUUGAGUACGAUGGGAAGAGAAGCUUUGAAGUGGAUAUUUUCGAUCCAACUGGAUUGGUGAGAAUCGAUGUUCCUGUUACAGAAGGAACAGAAACAAACCUUCAUAAUGGGAAAAGACCACGAGGCAGACCCAGAAAGUGUCCUGUUGUCUCCCAAAAAACGUAUCUCAAAUCUCAGGACAAGCAAAAUCUCAAAGAAGAAAUGGACCUCCGUGCUAUUAUAACGAGUUUAGAGCCCCGCAAGCGCAAACAGAAGAAAAAGCUUGGCAAACUCACCGGGGGUUUUCCAGUAUCUAGAUCGAGAUUUAGGUGCUGUUCUAUUGAGAAGAACGCUUCUAGCUCUGAGGUAAAUGCAAGGCUGAGAGCAGUAGAAGAAAAGAUGUUCGCUUCUAAGUUCCCCUACUUCAUGACUUAUAUGAAAAUGUUCAGUCUCGAGAAGGCAAAGAUGCUGUAUAUUCCCAGGGCAUUUGCUCAAGCGCAUUGCCCAUUGGAAAGGGCAGACAUUGUACUGCGAAAUCUGGAAGGGAACACUUGGAAUGUCGUCUGCGUGAUAAAUAAGAACCGGCAUUUCUUUUCUGGAGGGUGGCCAGCCUUUAUCCAAGACAACAAGCUAGGGACAGGAGAUAUAUGCGUGUUCGAGCUUAUCUCUAGCAAGGAAUUCCGAGUCACCAUCUUUCGUUCCCCAAAAACUUUAGACUUGCAAACGACGACCAAGAACGCCACUCCCAAAACAGGAAGAGUUCCGUCUGUUUUGUUGAGUCCAGCGGUUGCAGUCAUUCCCGUGGUCGCCUUACUCAAGUCUGAUCAGCGAUCAUCGCAGGAUAUCGACUCCCCUCCACCUGCUAACAAAGAGAAGAUGGAGAAUGCUCGCAGAAAAAUCCCAGAUUUCUUCAAAGCGUACAGGCCAGAAUAUAGCUCCCAAAGAAUGCACGUUCCCAGAGCUUUCCUGGCGCAACUAGAUGGGCCGCUGCCAGGAGAGAUCCUCCUCAGGCGUCGAAUGGGGCGGCAAUGGCAUGUGAAGGUGACUCUGGAGGCACAGGACGCCUAUUUUGAAGAUGGCUGGCAAGAAUUUGUGCGGGAGAACUUAGUGGAGACAAAUGAUUAUAUGGCGUUCUCCUACCAGAGUCCCGGUGUGUUCAGAGUCGUUAUCUAUGGGCACUCCGCAUGCGAGAAGAAAGAGUGCGCCCUCCCUGGGGAGGUAGGAGAAGGAAGUGAAGUCCAAGAGCACGACAGUGAUGAUGAUGAUGAGGACUACAGCGAGGAGGAGGAGGAGGAGGAGGAGGAGGAGGAUGAAGGCAGGAGCAAACGGUCAAAAAAAGAAGGGAACGUUGAAGAGAGGAAAGCUGCUAAUGAUGAUCCUACCAAUGUGAAGAGGUAUAUCGACCUCAAAAAUCCUUACUUCGUGACGGUGGUCCAGGCUCUAAGAAGUUCUUGCUUGUAUGUUCCACGCAGUGUCCUUAUCGAUUAUGAACUCAAGUUACCUCAGGCCGUUUUGUUCCACGAUCCCACUGGGAGGACAUGGAGAGGGACGGUUAAGGUGUGGACAGACAGACGUACCUGGAUCACCGGCUGGGGGGCCUUAUGCCGCCAUAACAAUUUAAAGAUUAAUGACCGGUGUAUAUGUGAGCUUCUGGAGGAAAAUGGAGUCACCGGUCGCAUCAUUAAGGUUCACAUAGUAGGAGGCAACAGUACCUGA